AUGGUAUCAGAGAGUAGAGGAGUGGAUGAGAUUUUGAGUGUCUGGCGUGCGUCGUCUGACGCGCAAUUGAGCGCGGUGGACCCUGUGGGAGGAUGGAGUUUAUUAUUUUACAGUGCGCAGCGGAAGCCGGAUGGGGAGGCGGUGACGCUGAGUCGUUAUUUGAUCGAGGAGCGGAAUGUGUGUGCAGGGAAUUUAGCGGAUGUGAAUGAACAGACGGCGUUAUUCUUUGCGGCUCGUGAUGGGAAUGUGAAGACGUGCGAAUAUUUGAUGGCCCAGGGUGGAUGUGACCCGGGUUUGCGGGACACGGCGGGACAGACUGCUUUGUUUUACGCCGCGCGCGAAGGUCAGGUGGAGACCUUACGUGCGUUGGAGACGCAGUCGCUGACGCAAUAUAAAGCGAGCUUAGUAAACGUGACGGACCGGGUGGGACAGAGUGCACUGUUUUAUGCUGCACGCGAGGGGCAACUAGACGCGUGCGAGGUGCUGUUGGAACUGGGUGCAGACCCGCGGAUCCGUGAUUGGAAGCGUACUACUGCGCAUACUUACGCCAGCCGUAAGGGGCACACGGUGGUCUGUGCCCUGCUGAAGGCCCGGUGCGACGAGGCCAGUUCCUCCCCCGCACAAGGCACCGGCACCAAGGCGGGGGCGGAGCCUGAACCGCGACAUAAAGCACUGCUCCAGUACAGACUCCCCGUGUCCGCGCAUCAGGCUGAGUGGAUCUUCCCCACCGCAGAUCUAAUAGAGGAAUUCGAAGCUGAAUACCCCGACCUCUCUGCCUGGUCCCAAGUUCACUCCUCCGUCUACGAACCACUUGAUGGCUUCCGCAUCGAGUGGUCCCAAACGUGUCUGGACAUAGUCAACAUACUCGCCAAUUAUAAAGAUGCCAUCUGGUUCAACAAACCCGUCGAUACAAAGGCUCUACACUGCCCUGAUUAUUAUGUUGUUAUAAAGGAACCACGAGAUCUCACACUCAUCAAAAAAAAUCUCAAGGAAUUAAAAUACAAGAAAAUUAACGACUUCCUUAUAGACAUGGAUCUGGUCUGGUCCAAUUGUUAUAAAUAUAAUCCCGCACAUUCCAAUGUCCAUAAAGCAGCACUCAAAUUACAAUCUUUAUUCCAGCAAGCGUUAUUAGACAAGAAUUUACAAGACCUAAUACAACGAGAAUUAAACUUAUUCAAUGCCUUAGAUAGCUAG